CGGCCACGCGGGGCGAGAGCGAGCCGCGGCCGCCGCCCGCGCCCCGGCGUGAUCUCGGGGGCCUGGGCCCCCGCGCGGCGGGCUCGCCAGCUUUUUCCCGCCCGCUCGCCCGCCCGCCAGCCGAGUCCUCCGUCCCCUGGGGGGAUCUCUAGCUUCACCCGGUGGAGGUUAAGAACAGCGGAGACUGGCCUUUGGGGCGGGGGUAGGGGGCACGAAAGGGCCAUGAGAAUUUCUGGACUCGUGAAGCAGAAGUGCUGCUCCUAGGGUUUACGAGGGGCGAAGGGGGAACAGCGAGUUCAGGGAUGUGGAGUGAUGAUAAUUUUCCCAAGGCCUCCCUGUGUGCCAGGCACUGUGCGGAGCAGCUUGUGUGUGUCUUUACUGCCGAUGAGGCAGGCACGGUGGUUUCCCUCCGUUUUCAGCGGACUCGAAGGCCCGGAGGUGGAGGGACACGGUCACAGGCGUCCAGACCCUAAGGGGCAGAAAUUUAUCUAUUUUGUGUGUGCAGACGCUUUUUAGGAUUGGUCUUUAUAUAAGAAUCUUUUUUUGCUGCCAGAGGGAACACAUUUACAUCCUUGUUGAAUUGACCAAAGCAAUGGUUAUGGAGAAGCCUAGUCCCCUGCUGGUUGGGCGGGAAUUUGUGAGACAGUAUUACACACUGCUGAACCAGGCCCCAGACAUGCUGCACAGAUUUUAUGGAAAGAACUCUUCUUAUGUCCAUGGGGGAUUGGAUUCAAAUGGAAAGCCAGCAGAUGCAGUCUAUGGACAGAAGGAAAUCCAUAGGAAAGUGAUGUCACAAAACUUCACUAAUUGCCACACUAAGAUCCGCCAUGUCGAUGCUCAUGCCACUCUGAAUGAUGGUGUGGUGGUCCAGGUGAUGGGCUUGCUCUCUAACAACAACCAGGCUUUGAGGAGAUUCAUGCAGACCUUUGUCCUUGCUCCUGAGGGCUCUGUUGCAAAUAAGUUCUAUGUUCACAAUGAUAUCUUCAGAUACCAAGAUGAAGUCUUUGGUGGCUUUGUCACUGAGCCUCAGGAGGAAUCUGAAGAAGAAGUAGAGGAACCUGAAGAAAGACAGCAGACACCUGAGGUGGUACCUGAUGAUUCUGGAACUUUCUAUGACCAGACUGUCAGCAAUGACUUAGAAGAACAUUUAGAAGAACCCGUUGCUGAACCAGAGCCUGAUCCUGAACCAGAACCGGAGCAAGAACCUGUAUCAGAAGUCCAAGAGGAAAAGUCUGAGCCAGUAUUGGAAGAAACUGCUCCUGAGGAUGCUCAGAAGAGUUCUUCUCCAGCGCCUGCAGACAUAGCCCAGACAGUGCAGGAGGACUUGAGAACCUUUUCAUGGGCAUCUGUGACCAGUAAGAACCUUCCACCCAGUGGAGCUGUUCCAGUUACUGGGAUACCACCUCAUGUUGUUAAAGUACCAGCUUCACAGCCUCGUCCGGAGUCUAAGCCUGAGUCUCAGAUUCCACCGCAGAGGCCUCAGAGAGAUCAAAGAGUGCGAGAACAGCGAAUAAGUGUUCCUCCCCAGAGGGGACCUAGACCAGUCCGUGAGGCUGGUGAGCAAGGUGAUGUUGAACCCCGAAGAAUUGUGAGACAUCCUGACAGUCACCAGCUCUUCAUUGGCAACCUGCCUCAUGAGGUGGACAAAUCAGAGCUUAAAGAUUUUUUUCAAAGUUAUGGGAAUGUAGUGGAGCUGCGUAUUAACAGUGGUGGGAAAUUACCCAAUUUUGGGUUUGUUGUGUUUGAUGAUUCUGAGCCUGUUCUGAAGGUGCUUAGCAACAGGCCCAUCAUGUUCAGAGGUGAGGUCCGCCUGAAUGUGGAAGAAAAGAAGACUCGAGCCGCCCGGGAAGGGGACCGCCGAGAUAACCGCCUGCGGGGACCUGGAGGCCCUCGAGGUGGGCUGGGUGGUGGGAUGAGAGGCCCACCCCGUGGAGGCAUGGUGCAGAAACCAGGAUUUGGAGUGGGAAGGAGCAUUGCUCCGAGGCAGUGAUUUGUUCUUCACCGAUCUUCAGACAACAGUACAAACCCUAGCUCCCACAGAAUGGUGAAGUUCUUCAGCCAGCCUUUGGCAUCUUGGAAUAUGACCUUAGUCUAUUCAUAAACUGCUUAAGUUUGUACAAUUUUACUUUUUGUGUUAAUGGUGUGUGCUCCUUCCCCAACUCUCUCCUCUCACCUUUUAGUCCUUCACUUCCAAUUUUGUGGAAUGAUAUUUUAGGAAAAAUGGAUUUUUAAAGAAGAAAAAAAGAGACUGAAUUUCCUUGCUUUAUUUGCAUAUACAGACUGGAUUUUUUUUUUUUAACAGUUUCCCCAAAGAAAUGUGUCUCACUUAUUACUGACAUUUGGUAUGUUUCAUUCAUUGGAAUAUUUCUUACUUAUUUUCUACGUGUUUCAAAAGCCUCUGAGAAUUACAGGAUAUGAUAAACAUUUUGAAGGCAGGAAAAACCCAAAUUGUUUCUUCGAGAGUCAUGACUACCUUCUGGUGUGGAGAAAUUGCCGUUGGAAAAAUUGACAAUUUUGAUUCUCGCUGGUAUGGUUAAAAACUGAAUAAAAGGUGUUAGUGGAGUUUUUCUUUUGAUACGUGAUCACAAAACAGUUCCAAAACCUACUGCUUUUACCACUGAAAUUGUGAGAUAGGUUUUAAAUGUCUAGAAUGCAGCUAAUAAGCUUUUCUUGAACUGUUAGAUUUUUUUUGAAGUAGAGUUUUUUCAUGUUUAAUUUGUAUUUGUAAAAAAAGGAAAAAAACAAAAAAAUUUUCAAAAUCUGAAUAACACAAAACCAGAGCAAAACUGCUGUGCCUUCUAUUUAUCUUUGAUUCCAGUCUUGGCAAUUGUUUAAAGAAAAAUAAAAACAAAAAACAAACCUUAGAUUUGUUCUAUCAGGUUCAGAGUAUGUUGGGAAUUAUAUAAUCCCUUUUUCACCCUGUAUGUCUUGUGUUAUGCCUUAUUCUGAAAUUGAGUCUCAAACUGGAAUGCCUUUGAGGACAGAUGCUUCCAUAGAGGUCCUUUGAUCUGAAUAGUUAAGCAUUUGUAUUAAGUUUUAUUUCAGUGUCUAUUCAGAAUUCUAAUCAUAGCCCAUAAGAAAGAAUGUGACUUUAAUAUUGGACUUUGCUGGUGUGCUUGAGUGUGUGCAAGUUUUUUUUCUUUAAAUCAUAGCCAUAUGGUAAAUUUUCUGUUUUGUUAUGGUUUCCUUUUAUUGGUGGGCACGCAGUGGGUGUUUCUUGGAAAUGGCCAAUUUUUAUUAAAAUGUUUCUGGAAGAAAAUUUAAUCUGGCAAUAUAGACUAAUACUCGUUUUGCAUAGUAUGUUACUGUUGAGUGCUGUGUGUGAGAUGGGUGAAGGUUUUGUUUACAUGUUUGUGAAGCAAGCCUUUGUGUGAUAACUUAUCAUUAUUAAUUGAAAGGCAAUGAGGUUGUCAAAUUUAACUUAUUUAUUUUCUUCUCAACAGUAUUCAUCUUUAGGACUGUUGUUUGAGGAUAAUAUAUUAGUAGGAAUAGGAAUGUUUGUUUUGCUCUUAUUGGGAAACAAGUUUGCUGAAGGGUGUAGUCUUAAACUAAAAUGAAGUUCGAUGUUAUCAGUUGGUCCUCAGUACCCCAGAUAUUUGAAAAUUGGCAACAUCUCCUUCACAUAAAGACACAUAUAACUGAAUCACAUGGCUGGGUUUUGGGUCAGUUUAAAUAACUAAUUGGUAACCACUUCAUUUGGUCCAGGCCAGUGAUAAUUGGAAGAAAUUCAGCUUGUACUUCUGUAGCUUAUAUUAAGCUUGUGGUAGAAAGAAGAAAAUUUAGCUGGAGUUAUUUUUGAGAAAAAAUUAAGUUGCAGUAAUUGUUAGGUGAUAAAUUUAUAAAUAACCUAGAAAUCAUUUUUUGUAAGUGAGUACUAGACCAUACAUUUCAAAAUGUUCUUCCUCCUCAGAGCAGAGCUUUAAGGGCACUAACUAGAUGCAGUGUUUCUCAACUUGGGGCUGUUAUUAUAUCCUCGAGGACGUGCAGAAAUGUGUUGUUCUUCGUGGAUUAGGGUUAGAGGGAGAUGCAUACCCUUCGUCUGGAGUUUGGUGGCUGGGGCCCGUGAUGCCAAAUACUCUUUGAAAAUGAAGCAACCCCACUGAGAACACAGGUAGUCUUUACUCCUAUAAUUCAUGGUGGGCAGAAUGGUAGAAUAGGGCAACUGGAGAGAAGACUCAUUCCUUUGAAAUAGAGCCUCAGAAAAAUAAAUUAGCAAAUAGAAAUCUUUCUCAGGAGUUUUAGUAUGUUACUACUGUAAGUAAUUAAUCUCAACUUUCCUUUAUUUGUAUCAAUUGUGCUUAUUUUUUUAAAAUUUGGAAAGGUAGUAGUAAUAUACUAGAUGCUGCUUGUAAUUUAUUGCAGGGGAUUACUGCAUAAUUUCAGAAGAGAAAAGGUUGCUUCAGUAAUUUCAAGUCAUCAUAAUUGGGAUAUUAUGGUGUUUUGACUGGCAUAGGAGUUAGCAUCAUGGUUAACACUAUUAAAAGUAUCCAACUAUCAUUGAUUACAUUAUUGCUGAUGAAAUAAACACGUCACCCUAGAUACACAUAUAUUCACAUGUUUCACAGUUAGUGAAAAUAAAAUAGGUUAGGGCAAGGUUUUCUGUAGACAGCAUCGACUCAUCACAUUCAACAUAAUUUUUCAUCUGUAGGAUGGCCCAACAUGCAGUUCUUUUCUACUGAGCUUAAAACCCUUCACCCAUGAAUAUUUUAGCUAGGUAAGACUAGUUUGGUUCCGUGGGUCUCAGUCAUUUAAGACCUGUUGAAAAUAAAUAGGCCUUGGGCUGUACUAAAAUAAUUUUGUUUGCUUUUAUGCCAAGAUUGGGCUUUACUUGUGUUUCCUGUGAUCUCAACUUUUUAGCUAUUGCUGGGGAGCAGUAAAAUGGAUAAUGGAAAAAUAAGUGUUUGGUUUUGGAUGAGUAGUUUACUACCACAGCAUUAGUUGAAUUGCACUUUAGUUUUAGGUUAGACAACUAAAUUUUCACAACUAUACCCUGUGGAUUGGAUGAGAUUUCCCCCAAAGUAAUAGAUGAAGAAAUGAUGUUAGAGGCCUCGAAGUCAUUCAUGUAACUAGGAGCAGUAUCCCAAACUGAUACUUUUUCUCCAGAACCGUAAUGACUACCUGUUGAUAUUUGAACGACAUUAAGGGAAUAGGGCGUGCAAUAACUGCAGUAUAGAGACGUGAGUCUGCAUAACAUUGGGAUCAGGGUUAGCAUUACUGUUCUCCACUUCCUUUAGGGUAAAGUAGAUACGUAAACGUUGAUUUGGUAGAGCUUUUGAUUUCCAGGCUGUAUGGUAACACAGUAAUAUUCAGUUAGUAGAUUAUUUUUUCAUCUGCUUUGAUGUUACAUUUAGUGCAAUUUAAUCUAGACAUGGAAGAUAAUAUAUUUAUCAUAGCAUCAUCCAGGUGA